GCCAAGUCGGAAUUUGUUUCGCGAAGUGUGUUGAGUCCAUUGUUGCCCGAAGCAGCCAUUUUCUAUUUGGAGGAAUAUGGUGCUGAAAAGUACGCGUCGGUGUUUUUGGGCGAAUUCGACAAUCCGGAAAUCAUUUGGAACACUGAAAUGAGACGUCAUCUAAUAGAACGUAUCGCAUUGCACAUCAGCGAUUUCUCGAAUCGUCUCCCGUCAAAUGUGAAGGCUUUGUACCAAUAUUGCCCAAUCCCAACAGUGGACUAUCCGCAGCUGGAUGAUGAGCUCUUCUGUCAUGUCUAUUAUCUGCGUCAUCUCUGCAAUAAACAGCGUUUUCCGGAUUGGCCGAUCCGAGAUCCGGUGCCGUUUUUACGUGCUUGCCUAGCAGCAUGGCUGAACGAGAUCGAUCGCAAACCACCAGCGAUGUCCGUAGAACAAGCUUGUCAAACACUUGGACUGCCGUUCGAUGACGAAAGCAUAUGGUCAGAUGCGUCAAAGAUCCGUCGUGCCUACUUUAAACUGGCGCAGAAGUAUCAUCCGGACAAGAAUGCGGAUGGCAGGGAAAUGUUCGAGCAAAUCAACUAUGCGUACGAAAUGCUAUCGUCGAAUUCGGCUCGAAAAUCGCUCUCACCUGACAUACAACGUAUCGUGUUGUGCAUACAGGCUCAGUCGAUUGUCUACUGCAGACACUCUGAAGAGCUGUCGCCAUACAAAUACGCUGGAUACACUCAAUUGAUCCGCACGAUCGAGCUGGAGUCGAAAGACGACGCGUUGUUUUCGAGUGGUGGAGGUGUGUUGCUGAGUGCUGCGAUAGAGCUGUGUCAUUUCACAUUGCAGAGUUCGGCGUUGAAUGCCGAGCAGUUGAGACGAGACGCUGGUUUAGAGGUCAGGGCAUUUGCCUGGAAUGUGGAAUCAAUUGUGUUUUGGUAUUGUCUUUGCAAAGCAGUUUUUAGGCACUUCAAAAGGCGUUCGAUCGUUGCGUACCAAUGGUGA